AGAGCGCUGCGCACGCCUCGUGGGCGAAAAAAACAAACACAGAAGUAGAAGGUCGGGUGCUCGCGUUUCACUCGACGCAUUAUUGCUUCGCUCAGCAGUGCUUCUCGUCUCGCUCGCGCCGUCUCUGCGUUCGCGCGCGGACGUCGCCUGCACCGUGUGUCCGCGCAAGAAAUGCUGUCAUCGCUUUCUCUCGCCGCUGGAGAGGUCGCACCGUUCUCGCAGGGCGCGUCAAAUACGCUCUCGACGCGAAUCGCUGCUGGCAUCUCGUCGCAAGUCCGCCGACAUUCGCCCGACUCGUGAACAGUCGGUGGUCUUUCGCGUGCGCGACUCGUCGACGUUACUUUUCAGGUUCUUACCGACGCUCGUUCUUUCUCAGCUGUGACUGACGGCGAGAAACCUGUGGGUGAUCAUUCGCAGCGCGUCCAAAUGGGUUACUUCUCCGGUAACAGGUGAUCGACUUCACUGUGUGCGAACUUUUUUCUCGAAUCGCAAUGUGUACUCGCUGACGAAGAGGAAUUUUUGUUCUCGUGCACGAAAUGACCGCAUUCGAUCUCGAGGAAACAAAUCUGCUCCUUCGUACUCAGGAUGUGACUGUGUCGAUGGAUAACGCUCGAAAGGAGCUCCGAUGUUCAGUGCUUGUCAGUCGGCUUCGCCAAUCGCGUACGCUGGAAUAGCGAAUCGGGAGUUUCAUUGUCCGCUCCACAGCGUGUGUCGAAGUGUGAUGCAGCGCUUGCUGGGUGUGUCAUGAGGAUGCCUUCCCAACGGAUUCCCACGGCCACUGGCUCCCUAGCCCUUCUGCUAGCCUGUGUGACUUUCGUCCGCGCAGGAGAAUUGCCAACUGUUCACAUAGGAGCCAUUUUCGAGGACGGCGAGCGUGAUUCGGAAACUGCGUUCCGCAGCGCGGUCGACCUGGUGAACAACGACCCCGCCCACGCGCUGACAAGGUUCCGGCUGGCCGGAGUCGUCCAGAGGAUACCGUCCCACGAUGCGUUCCACGCUCGGAAAGCAGCCUGCAAGCUGCUGUCGAUGGGCGUGAUGGCCAUCGUGGGACCGAGUUCAGGCCCCGGUUCUGCCGCCGUGGACGCCGCGUGCAAGCGGUCACGUGUCCCCCACCUCGUCACCCGUGCGCCGGGCAGCGGCAUCGGCGACAGCGGCGUCAGCAGUGACGAAGGCAGUGGAGACUCGUCAUCCAUCUCAAUCCGUCUGUCUCCUCGGCGUGCCACUCUGGGAUCUGCGCUGAAAGGACUCUUGGACAUCAAGGGCUGGUCGUCCUUCACAAUCGUCUACGAGGACAGCCUGACGCUUCUCCGGCUUCGAGAACUGCUGCGUCUGUCGUCAACAGGAGACAUCACGUUUCAGCUACGCCAGUGCUCGCCGGGUGAGGAGCUGCGCAAGGUGUUCCGGGAAGUGGGACGGCGUGGCGAAUCGAACAUCCUGUUGGACGCCCCCACGCACCGCAUUAGGGAGUACCUGAAGCAGGCUCAGGAUGCAGGAAUGCUAACAGAAUACCACAACUACAUUACGACGUCCUUGGACCUGCACGCGGUCGACCUGCGGUCCUUCCACAGUUCGCGCUGCAACGUGACCGGUUUUCGCAUAGUGACCACGGCAGAGUUGCCUCCGCUCUUGGCGCAGCGGGAGCCGAAGCCCAUGAGCGGCGUCGAAGACUCGUUGGAGCUGCUGUCGCCAAGAGCCAGGCAGAUCUUCUCUAGCGUAAAGUCGGGCGCAGCCCUCGCCCACGACGCAGUGCUGUCUUUCGCCCGUGGCCUGCAGACGCUCAGCAGGAGUCGAAACCUGGAGCCCAGGCACGACGCGACGUGCGACCCAGGGCGGGCUGCCUGGCCCUACGGUCUCUCACUCGCCACUCAGAUCAAAGCGAGCACUGUCUCAGGUCUCACCGGAAGACUUCAGUUUGACACGUUUGGAUAUCGAACGAAUCUAUCGCUUUCCGUUAUUCAGCUCAAGGAAGCCGGACUAUCAGAGGUUGGCACGUGGGACGAACGUCGUGGAGUGCACUUCAGCAAGAACCAAAGCGAGGUGUACGAGGAGGUGGCUCACACACUGCGAAAUAAAACACUCCGAGUCGUGACCAUUGUGAGCGAGCCCUACGUUGUAUUACACAAGGACUCCAAGUCUGCACCAGCGGGUGAAAAUAGGCUGGAUGGAUUUUGCGUCGACAUCCUUCGGCAGAUGGCGCUGAUGAUGGGAUUCCGCUUCGAACUGCGGCUUGUGCGCGAUGGUACUUACGGCACGGUCAAUGCGCGCGGGGAGUGGAGUGGCAUCAUCCGCGAGGUCAUGGACAGGGAAGCCGACCUGGCCAUCGGUGACCUUACCAUCACGGUGUCACGAUCGCACGCCGUGGACUUCACGCUGCCCUUCAUGCACACUGGCAUCGGCAUCCUGUACCGGCGUCCCGUGCAGGAGUCGCGCCUCUUUUACUUCCUGCUGCCUUUGUCCCUGGACGUGUGGCUCUGCCUCCUGGCCGCCUACCUGGGCGCUGCGCUGAUGCUCCACUUGGCGGCGCGCAUGGCGCCCGCCGAAUGGCACGUGCCCAGGCACGGUCCCAAGUGCGACUGCGACCGGUCACCGGGUGCGGACAAGCCGCGAAACGCGCUCGGGCUUGGAGAGAGCCUCUGGUACGCCACUUCGGCGCUCCUGUUCCAGAGCUGCGAGACCAGCCCGAGGGCGGCGUCCACAAGGCUUAUUGCCAUCAGCUGGUGGGUGUUCUCGCUGAUCAUGGUUUCCUUCUACACGGCCAACAUGGCCGCCUUCUUGGUCAACGAGAAGCUCCAGUUUCCCAUAGAAAACGUUCACGACCUAGCUGCCCAGUCGAAGAUUCGCUAUGGCUGUAUGGCGUCGGGCUCGACGGAGACGUUUUUCAAGGAAUCGAAACUGGAGCCAUACGAACGGAUGUGGACGGUGAUGUCUAACAACCGCGAUGAUGCCCUCGCGUCAUCGACCGCCGAAGGCGUGGAGCGGGUCCGACGAGGUGACUACGCUUUCCUGAUGGAGGCAGCCACCAUCGAGUACCUCACAGACAGAGACUGCCAGCUGGCUCAGAUUGGGGGACCACUUGACUCCAAGGGAUAUGGAUUCGCGCUGCCAAGGGCGUCCCCCUACACCGCCCAUCUGUCCGAAGCCAUUCUCCGACUUCAGGAGACUGGCGUCAUUGCGCGCCUCAAGAAGCAGUGGUGGAUGGGACACUGUUCUCAACAACGCGAGCGGGAGAAGGGCACCUCUGCACUGUCCGAGACGAAGGAGUCCUCCGAGGAGGCGAACGCGCUGGGCGUCUCGAACGUCGGCGGCAUCUUCCUCGUUCUCCUCGGAGGCCUUGGUGUGUCCAGCGUGUGCGUGAUCCUCGAGUUUGUAUGGAAGACGCGCCCUUCCUCCAAAGCUAAGAAGAAAGCUGUUGAAAGGAGCUGCGAGAUUAUGGAACUGUCCAAGAAAGAGUCCAAGACUUCACUGGAGGUGCUGUCAACUGCUCAAGAGGAUCGCUCAAUAUCGGUGCUGCCGGCCACCACGCUUCAAGUGGACGUUGUGGACGGCCGCGAGGCAUCGGCACAUGCUCAGCAGAGAAGGCCUGAUGUUUCCUAGCAGUGUGGCGAGUCACCAGACGUUCUUGCCACGGCCACGCACAAUCCCGAGGCAUUCUGGUGACUCUCCGAUAUCACCCUGUGUGCGGUGCAGCGGACGCUGAAUAAAAAAAGACAGACGGUUACUGCCAGCGGAUAUCCGCGACAACGCGUUCGUAUUGUCGCCAAACCUACCGCCCUGUGAAGAACAGUGAACAAUGUGAACUAAGUGGACAUGCGCUAACUCACUCCUGCUCACUGUGGUGCGUCCUUAUACGGCUUCGUCCUUUAGCCGUUGUCCGAAGGCGUGUUUUUUUUUCUUUUUUUACCAAAUGUUUCGUCCCAUGCUAGCAAGUGAGGUAAAGUUGUAACCUUGAGAUGAAAGAAGAGCUAAUCGAAUGUGAAGUUACUAGGAGGUGUCAGCAGCUGUCUCAAGUACGCAAACAAAAGGUGGUGCUUUACUUUUUUUCAGAUGAGCGCUGGUUCGCACUAAUAAAAUUUAAGAGAGAGCACCCCGUUACCAUUUUGUAAAGCGUUUACAAAAACACUAAAAAAGUGCACGCCGAAAACUAGUCUUUAACGUCUUCACUGCCUGAUGCAUUGUAGAAAAUGUAAUACUGUUUUAUAUUGACCCACCAAUAUCUCAACUCUCCGACAAAAACAGUUUUGUAGUUUCCAGGGCUUUCUCAAAAACAUAACAAUAUGGCCGUCCUCCAGAAGAGAUAAGAAGACUACUGCACACAACGUCCGUUGCUUCGUAUUCCAGCUGGCAGCAGAGAACUGCCAGACGAAGCCCUUUCUUGAAGGAGAGAGCAAAAAUUACAUGAAAAGAAAGGGGGGCUUCAACAAAAAUGUGCUCGGUUGGCUACCCUGUACUAGGGGAAAGGAAAAAAGUGAGAAAGAGAUUAAGAGGACACAACGUCAUUUGUUGAUUUACACUGAAGCCACCAAUGCAAUGAAAUUCUGAGCACUUUGUCUAGUGAAAAGAGAGAGAGAAAGACAGAAUAAAGGGGAAAGGCAGGGAGGUUAACCAGAUGGGAAGAUCUGGUUUGCUUCCUAGGCUGGAGAUAGAGGGGAAGGGGAGGUAAAGUGAGAGCAAAGUAGAGAUAAAGAUAGAAAGGAGCAUAGACAAAAGAUCACAGCCAAUAACAACCUCGAAGAUGAUAAAAAAAUGCUGUGCUGCAACCUGCGAAAACAAAAGCCGCAUUGAUUGUUCUUCGCUAUAGCUGAAAAAAAGAAAACAUUUGCAAUAUUCUCCACAAUAAAGCUUAAUGUAAAAAUUUUAUCAUAAUGAAAGAAAAACAUACUUUGGUAACAUAACAUCAUACGUUCAAUGGUUUUGUUAACAAUAGCAUACACGAUAAAAACAUGAAGCUUCAUUCAGAAAAAUAAUCCACUGGGAACCUCUUCCUUCCUACUUCUGUGAAGUAUACAGGCAAAUUUGUUGUGUCCGGUGCGGAUUAGAGGAUGUAAACGUGUCCCAACAUUUAAGACAUGACUGCAGCGGGCAAACAUGGCAGACAUCACCUUGACUUUCUUCAACGGAUGGUAGAAAUGAAGAAAAUAAAAAGCAGUGUAUUGUGAGCAUCAUCUCAGUUUACAAAAAAAAAAAAAAGAAAAAUGUGGUGUGAAUUAUCCUUAAACCAGAAGUAUAUAAGGUCUUAAUUUAGCUAACGAUUUAUCAGAAUAACCUUUCCAUUAAAUCUUUAGGUUUAUUAUGCCAAAACCGCGAACUCAUUAUGAGGCAUGCUAUAGCGGGGUCCCCUGGAAUAAAUUUGACCACGUGGUAUUUUCUAUCUUGCAAGGAAUACACUGCUGAGAUAAGGAAAAGCAUUCUGCCAUGCGAUAAGGAAAUACACUGGCAUGAAAUAUCUUCCGUCAGCAGGGAUGGUUUCGAUUUGUGGAUUAUUGCUUUCUCCAAAAAAUAACUGAAAUGUACAUAUGGCGCUAAAAAACAAUUGUUAGUAGUUUCAAAGAGAAAGAAGGAUAAAUGUAACUAACGAAAUAACUGCUGAUUGAAAAACUAGGAAGGCUAUAGCAUCGAUUGAGGGCAAUGGUAGUGAAGAGGGUUAAAGACACAAAAAGAUGUCACUCUCUUCCACUAUUCCUGCUUCAGGAGUCACAAUAUACAACUCAUAAUGACAAUUACCAAGCCCAUCGUGUUGGUGGUGAUAUUCUGCAGCUCGACCUGCUUCCUUCGUGUUCGCUUUAGCUCGUUCCACCGAAAAAAGAUUGCGACAGGUUACAUGUAAAUCGCAGCCAUAUUUAGCCUUCGCACAUCCAUGCGAUAGCCAAAAAAAGACACCGAAUACCCAGCCAAUCCUUUUGGCGCAAUCUCGCCAUAUAUGCUGCCUGUGAUUACUUUCCUUUUGUGGUUGUAAAGUGUCGGAUGUUAUGGUGGACUCCUGACGACGAAGAAAGAAUUCUAACCUGCCUGUUAUCACACCGAAUGUACCGGGAUGUUGGCAAGUUGUAUGUUUACAAAGUUUCUUGUAUUUUAUUAGUCCCAAUUUAGUGCACAGUGCGUGCUUAUCGAGUGAUAAAGUUGUCGGAGGUGAGCUCUGCUCUCACCUUGAGCAGUGCUACUGUAGAAGCAAAUGUCUAGUGUUAACUUCGUGGUGAAGUUUGGACAACUUGAAAUGAUAUACCACAUAUUCGCAAAAUUCAAUGUUUUUAGGCCACAAGAGGCCAAAAGAAGUUUCGAGUUUUUAUUCAAGCGUAACACCAAUAGAUUAGGUGCGCCGCUACAAGUGAAGAAAAUACUUUCAUACAUGUCACGUCACAUGCGUGCCUCCUUGAACUGCUCUUACGAAACACGCAAUUUUCACGAGACUUUGGUAUUGUAAUUCCGAAGUGUUAUGAACAGAAUUUAUAAUACAUUGUUUCUGAGCUGGUCUUAAAAACGUGAUUUUCUUGCAUAUAUAAUAAAAAAAAAGAAACGAGAAUAGAAGACAUGCGCCCUGGAUUUCGAGAGAAAUGGUUAUAUUUUAUUCAAUUUGCAUGUCAAGGAAUUAUGUUACCAGAGGCUCGGUGAUUGACAGCAUGAAUUACCUACAGCCUUUGAUAGACCGUCUAGCUCAUUUUGAAUUUUGUGGGCGAUUACGUUACUUAUUAAAAAGUAUCACCAUUCCUAAACAUUCUCAUUUUUAUCGCCCUCGGAGCACCACUAGUACCUUCAUCUAAGCAGGGAACUUCGCCAAUAACGAAACAUUUUCGGUAAAAUGAAUAUUUCAUUAUGGCACCUAAUAAGUGUGAGCAAUUCAGAAUGUGAAAAAUUAUUGUUACUGUAAACAUGUCUCUUUUAAAGCUGCCAUAAUCUGUGCACUUUCUUUAUUUGCUAAUUUCUAUGAUUAUUAAGGUUCGGUAACCGAUGAUUGACGUUGACGUUUAAAAACUGCCUACGCAUCAGCGAAGUUUCAGAGGUGCUUCGAAUUUUCCGUGUCAUCCCGAGUCUUUUCCAUGAACAUAGUUCUCCGUUUUUGUCUGUGAUAGCUUGUAAACGCGUUGUUUAGGCCUCCUGAAAUUCUUCACAAGUAUCAUUUCAAGUGGUUCACCACACAUUCCACAGAGUAAACGUGGAAUUUCGGAUGUCGAGGUUCACGUAUUUUCGGCUAAUACCGCGCGUGCUCAGGAAAGAAAAUAUCUGAAGCACAUGAAUUGCGGGAGAUGUCCUUACCAGAUAACACAGCAAUAGAUUGGACAACAUUACAAGCGGCGAACACUGUCACUCUUAUCCUGGUAUAUCAGGACGUUCUAGAAGCUCUAGCUGAGCUCCACUGAUGUUUUACCUAAAAAGUAGGACAUCACGUAUGACCGAAGCUGAUUGGCCGAACGUUACAUUAUCUUUUUACAUUCAAUAGUGUUGAUAACAAGCGUCUGAACGAGAACGAUUCUUUGAGGUACGUGAAUCGUACUAAACGAACGUUUUAUUUGCAUUUGAGAAGCAGUGUAAUGCUCACAUAACUAACGGCGAUAACCUUCUGCAAUAAGAGUUACUUAGCUCCAAAUAUUUUAAACUGUAAGGCUAGAUUCCUAAUGCUUAAGUGCUUAUGGCACCAAACUUGGUGCACUCUGCACAGAGGUUGCAGAAGGGCCGUGGGCGUGUAUACCUAUACACCUCGCGAAUGGCAUAAUUAAAUAAUCUUUCGCGAGCGUAAGAGGAGUGUUUAAAAUUACUAAGGUUUUACACAUGCUUACUGCAAUAGGGCUCACCAUAUCUAUUUUUUCGGUAGUCGGAAAUGAAAAAAAUACACCGUUACUGAAAGGAAACAACAUUGGUUUGUAGAAUGUACUAUACAGACACCAUUGCGGAUCUCUUUCUGACCUGAAACAAUGACCCAGACACCACGUCCAAUGUUAAGACGUAAUGUUUUGGAAGAAAACUACACAUAGCGUGGACGCAGUGACUGAGGUGCACAACGCUGGGCCUCAAUGCCGCACAUUGUUUAUCAGGUUUCUGAAUUUCAAUGGGAGUCACCUAAUGGAACUCACUCGUGGGUCUUGGUUAUUGUGGUGAUUUCUCCUGACAGCACGUUGCUUUGUGCACAUAUGCUCACAUUUUUCCUUAAAUGUGAAUCGCCGUGAUCGCAUAAUCAGCGUUCUUGUCAUUAGGACCCGCUUUUUCUUGAAUGUGGUACGCACCUGCUUCUUUGUCGAAGCCCGCGAACGGCCUCCUAUCGUAAGUUUUGGCUGUGAGUAAACAAGAGAAAUGUUCAUUGCUUGAAUGUAUACCCUAAACAACGUUUUGCCUCUGGCAACUUCGCUGUAAUUUCAAGUGAAAUAUAUUUUGUUAAAUGA